GGGCGGGGCUAAGCAAGUGACAGCACAGAGAAAACUUUGUUAGCUACCUGCUAACUCCAUCGUCUGUUUGGAAAUGUUACGAGCUUGAAGCAACACCGCGGAAACCCCCGAAAAUUUCCCUUUCUCCCAACAACUGGUGAGCCCUCUACGAAAAAAUGAUGAAUUGCAAAGGAGACGAUGAUGGAGAGUCCUGCAAACUGGCCGAUGCAGUUCUGAUGAACAGCAAAAGUCGCAUCAGUGAGCGAGUGCAACAGUUUGUGGAGGACAGGAUGCAGACCACCAUGCUCACAGGUGUACUGAUUGGAGCUGCAGUCGCUGUCUCUCUGAUUGGGAUUGUGGUGCUCUUCCUUUACAGGAGAUUCAAGCUUUCCCGUGAACAGCAGCCUGGUGUGCCUCACUAUCGCUUCAGGAAAAGAGAUAAAGUGCUCUUCUAUGGAAGGAAAAUAAUGCGAAAGGUCCAGACGCUGUCUUCCAUUCCUCCUCCCACCUCUACCUCAGUAUCAAAGCAACCACAGCGUAUACGGAAAAGAACCAAAGUUCUAAGCAUAGCUCGCAAAAUCCUUAGGAUCCGUAAAGAUCCUCCCACCCUGCAGCCCAAGGAACCUCCGCCCUCCCUGCUGGAGGCUGACCUAACAGAAUUUGAUGUGCAGAGUUCAAACCUGCCCUCUGAGGUCCUUUAUAUGCUGAAGAAUGUCAGGGUCUUGGGUCAUUUUGACAAGCCCCUGUUUCUAGAGCUGUGCCGCCACAUGGUGUUGAUUGAGCUGCAGGAAGGUGAAGGCCUGUUCAGGCCAGGAGAUGAUGACGAUAGCAUCUACGUGGUCCAAGAUGGACAACUCGAGCUCUGUAUCCAGGAGAAUGAUGGCACAGAACCAGUGGUGAAGGACGUGCACCCAGGGGACAGUGUCCACAGUCUGCUCAGUAUUCUGGACAUCAUCACUGGUUAUCCAGCUCCAUAUAAGACUGUACUGGCACGGGCUGCAACUCGCUCCACCAUCUUACGUUUACCUGCAUCAGCCUUUGAGUCUGUGUUUAAGAAAUACCCAGAGACACUUGUUCGUGUCAUCCAGAUAAUCAUGGUGCGCCUCCAAAGAGUCACCUUCUUGGCGUUACAUAACUAUCUGGGCCUAACCACUGAGCUCUUCAAUCCGGAGAGUCAGGCGGUGCCCUUGUCCAAUAUAAACAGUGUGAUGGGAGAGGUGAAUUCUGGGAAGACGCCUCGUCGUUUGCACUUCCAGGACGAGUUACCCGCUGGGACCACGGAAAGCCCCACAGAGACAGAUGGCAUGAAGGACAGCCCUCCGAAUAGCUACAGGAAGCAGCGAUCCAUCUCGAUGCCCACCGACUGUGCAGGUAAUGACCUGAACAUGGCUUGUGAACGAGCUCGAGUCACUAUAGAUGAGGCUCCAUCCAGUCCUGUCACUCAUAGACCCAGUCAGAAGAAGAGUGUGACUAUGCAGCACACGCCCUCUGAAGUGUUUCACUACACAGACUGCGGGGGGCACUCUGAUGCCAUCAGUCUCAGCAAGAGCAGCACAAUCCUCCAGGCUGCUAAGAGAGACCUGCUGGGAAUCAUCCAGCUGCAGGAUCCCAGUCUACUUGAGGGCAGAGUGACCCUCCAUCAAGUCAAAGCUGGUUCUGUGGUGGCUCGUCAAGGAGACCAGGAGGUGAGCAUCCAGUUUGUGAUUUCCGGCCUCCUCCACGUUUACCAGAGGAUGAUUGACCGAGAAGAAGAGACACGUCUGUUUUUGACGCACCCCGGAGAGCUUGUCGGUCAACUCGCUGUCCUUACCGGAGAGCCCCUCAUAUUCACUGUCCGUGCCCAGCGAGACUGCAGCUUCCUCUCCAUUUCCAAAACCCACUUCUAUGAGAUAAUGCGCGUGGAGCCAAAGGUUGUGCUGAAUGUGGCUCACACAGUGGUGAAGAGGAUGUCGACUUUCGUCCGACAGAUUGAUUUUGCUCUCGACUGGAUGGCUGUGGAAGCUGGCAGGGCGGUCUACAGGCAGGGAGAGAAGUCAGACAGUACUUUUAUUGUUCUGAGUGGCCGACUGCGCUCUGUCAUCAUGAAGGAGGAUGGCAAGAAGGAGCUGAUAGGAGAGUACGGACGUGGGGACCUGAUUGGAGUGGUGGAGGCUCUGACCCAUCAGAACAGAGCCACCACAGUGCACGCUGUACGAGACUCUGAGCUGGCCAAGUUACCAGAGGGGGCUCUCAGCUCCAUCAAAAGGAAGUUCCCACAGGUUGUUACCAGGUUGAUCCACCUACUGGGACAGAAGAUCCUCCAGCAGGUCAACGGUCCUCUGACAGCUCGCAGUUUGGCUCUCCACACCUCUGGCAGUAAGUGGGAUGCAGGGAACCAAGCGUCUAACCUCUCCACUGUGACAGUCCUGCCUGUAUCGGAAGAGGUACCUCUCACUACCUUCACCAUGGAGCUGCAGCAUGCACUCAUGGCAAUAGGUCCCACUCUUCUGCUGACCAGUGAUAUCAUUAAACAGCGACUUGGAGCUGCAGCACUAGACAGUGUCCAUGAAUACCGUCUGUCCAGCUGGCUGGGCCAACAGGAAGACAUCCAUCGCAUAGUUCUUUACCAGACCGACUACACACUGACCCCGUGGACUCAGCGGUGCAUCCGUCAGGCCGACUGCAUCAUAAUCGUAGGACUGGGCGAGCAGGAUCCUGCUGUUGGGGAGCUGGAGCGUAUGUUGGAAGGAAGUGCAGUGCGUGCCCAGAAACAGCUGGUGCUGCUGCACAGAGAAGAUGGCCCCCCACCCAAAGGAACUGUGGAUUGGCUCAACAUGCGCAGCUGGAUCUCCAGACACCUCCACCUCUCUUGUCCCAGAAGGGUCUUCUCAAAGAGGAGCCUGCCCAAACUGUUGGAGCUGUAUCAGCGUGUGUUUGAGAAGCCAGCAGACCGCCACUCAGACUUCUCCCGCUUGGCUCGUGUCCUCACGGGCAAUGCUAUUGCCAUUAUCCUGGGAGGAGGAGGGGCCAGGGGCUGCUCCCAGGUGGGGAUAAUGCGGGCUAUCUGUGAGGCUGGCAUCCCAGUGGACCUAAUUGGUGGCACCUCCAUUGGUUCCCUGAUGGGAGCACUAUAUGCUGAGGACCGUAGCUACAGCCGAAUGAGAGUGAGGGCCAGAGAAUGGGCAAUGGAAAUGACUUCAGUGUUUAAGAAGGUUCUGGAUUUGACGUACCCAGUCACCUCCAUGUUCUCCGGUGCUGCUUUCAACUCCAGCAUCAGCAACGUCUUUAAGAGCAAGCAGAUUGAAGACCUUUGGAUCCCAUAUUUCAAUAUCACGACUGAUAUCACUGCCUCGGCUAUGAGAGUACACACUGAUGGUUCUCUGUGGCGGUAUGUUCGUGCCAGCAUGUCUCUGUCUGGGUAUCUGCCUCCACUCUGUGACCCCAAAGAUGGACACCUGCUGAUGGACGGAGGCUACAUCAACAACUUGCCAGCUGAUGUGGCGCGCUCCAUGGGGGCCAAAGUGGUGAUAGCUAUUGACGUGGGCAGCCGGGAUGAAACCAACCUCACUAAUUACGGUGACUCGCUCUCCGGCUGGUGGCUGCUAUGGAAACGCCUCAACCCCCUAGCGGAGAAAGUAAAGGUGUUGAACAUGGCAGAGAUUCAGACUCGGCUGGCCUACGUGUGCUGCGUUAGGCAGCUGGAGUCUGUGAAGAACAGUGACUACUGCGAGUACAUCAGACCUCCGAUCGACAGAUACCGGACUCUGGAGUUUGGCAAGUUUGAUGAGAUUGCUGAAGUGGGAUACCAGCAUGGAAAGACUGUGUUUGACGUGUGGAGUCGCAGCGGAGUGGUGGAGAAAAUGCUGAAAGACAGACACCAGGAGGAGUUCCGCAACACCCAAGGCAAGAACAAUGUGGUUACGUGUCCCAACGCUUCCUUCACUGACCUGGCAGAAAUUGUGUCCCGCAUCGAGCCCGUUAAACCUGUACUGGUGGAUGAGGAGUCGGACUAUCACACUGAUUAUGAAGAGGAGGCACUGGAGAGCGCUCUGUCUGACAUGGAGCUUUACAAUCGCUAUGGAGAGCACACUGAAGGGGAGGAGACUGGUGACACGGAUGAAGAGCUGGAAGCGAGACGUACACGCCACAUUACCUCACCCACCGGCAGCCACCCUCAUUCCGCCACCGUCUCUGACAGUUCACCGGACUUGCCGUCAAAUGAGAAUUCCUUUUUCAAACAGUCCAUUAAGUGAUGACAGGUGUAAUGAACUCUGCCCCAAAACAGGUCAUCACUAUUUAACCCCACCUGUCUUUGCCACAUUUUACCCUCCCACUUGACUCAAAAACCUGUCCCCUGCCCCCCCGAGACUGUCUGCAUGACAAUGAUUACCAUUUUGCCCUCUGUGACCUGGCCUCCUUAGCUGUGUGGCUGACAUAACAAAUGGGCGGUGCCUUCAAAAAGAAACUAAACAGACAGCUUGUGUCACAUUUAAAUUCAGCUGCAAAUCCUUUGUGAUCCUAUUAUACAAGGGCAGCUGAGAGCCUAACCAUUUCUCAUAUUGAGAUAGUCAAGAUUACGCUACAUGAUUCACAUCCAUCCAGUGGAAGAUGGAAGGCAGGAGAAGUGAGGAGAUACUAUUUCCAUGAAAUAUUUAUUACAUUGCUGCAGGUAAAAAGUCUUGGUUGAUUACACAAUGACAGACUCAGAUUUGAGGAGUUUACACAAGAUUUGAGAUGGUUAUAGAGUCAGUUUAUCUAUGUUAUAUAAUUACUAUUUUCACACUUCUGUGUUAUCUUAGAAACUUAGUUUGAUAUAUGAGUUUUGACUUAUCCAUCUCUGAGAUUUGUGCUUCACACCACAUUAAAAAUAGCACAUGAAAAAAAGAUUGUGUCCAAAGAAGAUUAAAUGGAUAAAAAAGAAAAAACACAUUUAUUCACAAAAUGAUUUAAUAUUUUUUGUGCUUAUUAACACUUCUUCAGGCCAACUGAAAAACCUUCAAGAGGCCAAAAAGGCAAAAACAGUUUGGUUGACCUGCUCACAUCUGCUCUCAUCAGUAAUGCUGGAACCUCUGAUGUCAUGAGUUUAACUUAAGGGGCCAGAAGCCAAACAUGUUGAUUAACACUGCCCUGAAUCCAGUCCAGUGCUGUCUCUGAUGAGGAAUAUGCCGAAUGUAGUUUUCACGUUUUCAGCGUUCAUCUCACUUGUGUUUGGAGCAGCCGAAACCUCAGAAAUGGAUAUGUUGAAACUGGUUUAUAAACCGUAAAUUCAAAACUAUGCAUUGCUAGAUACCAGGAGAACCAAGUAGGACAAACACACUCAGUGCCCACUUAUCAGCUACACCUGUCCAAUACAACAGCUCUGCCAUAACAUACAUCCAUCUUUUAUAAGGCUCUGAAUGUUCAGCUUUUGGUAACAUUGCUAGAAAAUUGUAAAUUCAAAUGACAUUUUCACUAUUGAGGUCAAAGUUAAGGGUAGUUUUGUAAUGAACCGCAUUAUGUUGAGGGGUGUUUCUAAUGUUAGAUUCUCUCUGAAUAUACAUGAGGGCUGUGUGAUAAGACAAUAUACUGGAUAAUGUGUGGUCAUAGAAAAAUAUCUUUUUGUUUCAUAAUAUUUGCGUAUAUUUAAAUCACCCCUUACUGAAAUAUUGUAUUUAAUGUGACAUAAAACAGGAGUCAUGGUAAACUGAUUAUAGGCAUCAUAAAAUUGACUUGGCAGAACUAUUGUAUUUGAUGUAUUAGAUUGUACCUAAUAAAGAGGACACUGGGUGUGCUCAUGUUAAUUACACUCAGUGUAAUGUAGUGAACCUCACCAACACAAGACUAAUUUAAAACCAGAAAGAGAGCGAAAACAAGCAGCCCGACUGCGUGUCCAUUGCUGUCGGCACAGUUUUGUCGUAGCCAACGUGCCAGAGACAUGGAGGGAAGUAAUGAUCGCAAUCCACUUCAAAGCACCAGUUUCCCCCUAAGCCCGUGAGACAGCCCCCUCCCUCAAUCUGUUUUCUGGCUUGAAUCUAUCAGACGCAGACUGAGCAGCGGACAGUGUGGCUCUGUCAGCUGAACUCAGAAGCUCCACUCAUCUCAGUACAGUUGAUGCACAGGGGCCACUUGGAGGAGCAGGGCAGAUCUUCACAGGAACAUGUUGUUACACAAGUCAAGAUGUGCUUUUGUGGCCGGCCAUUAAGAUGACCAAAUUUUUGUCGCAUAUAUUGUAGUCAACAAAUGUAAUAUAUUUUCCUAUUCAAGCCAGGAAUGUAUACAACUUCUGCCCUAAAUGAUUUUUAACAAGGACAAUCACUCCAGACAUACAAUGCACGAUUAAAACCUAUUUAGCCAUGUUUAAUGUACAACACUAUAACAUUUGUAUAGGUAUCUUGAUCUGAAUUACAACUAGGGCUGUGACAAACGAUUCUUUUGUUAUCGAUUAGUGUGAUGAUUAUUGUUUGCAAUUAACAGAUUAAUCGUUUAGUCUAUAUAAUGUAUGAAAAUUAUAGUAACAUUUCCAAGGCAACAUCUUUAAAUUGUGCUUUUGGUCUAGCAUCCAAAGACAUUCCAUUUAGAAGGUGCAGCAUGUAAGAACUGAAUACCUGUCAAAUUUAUACUUAAAACAAAUAAGAGGCAGCAUAUCGCCACAAUAACUGCCAAAUGCUGCUAACUGUAACUACUGUUAGCUAGUUAGCUCAGUCCGCUGUGCAGCUCGCCGUCCAGACUGUGAACUCGGGGAGUGUCUGGAAAGACCGGAAGAGCAUGCUCAUUUCUCUGCAACAAAAUACACAGAUACCAUUAUGUCAUAACUGUUAUUUUUUUGAAGGUCUAGUGAUACAUUAUACACAUUUUUGAGUGUUUUCAACUAAAAUUUUUACAUAUUGCACCUUUUUAAUAUAAUUCCAGAAAAAAAGUGAAAAAUAGUAAAUAAUAAUAAAAAAGUAGUAUAAAGCCUUUUGUGGCUCCAGAGGAAGCAGAAUGUCAUCUGAUAAAUUGUCUCCAGUGAAAAUUGUGAAAAACACUCAACUGGUCUACACUGCACCCAAAUAACACUUGGACCAAUGGACAGUUAAAAAAUAAAUAAACAUCAUCGAUACAGCAGAACUAGAGAUAUUACCUGCCUUCUUCUUCUUUUUCAAAACCUAGUGACUACAUUACCCACGAUGCAACUUAGUCACUGAGUGACAUCACUGGAAGAAAUGGAUCAGAUUUCCUCUGAAACCACAAACGUGAACUACCUAAACUACUUUUUUACUCCCCAAGACUUGUAAACACACUUGGUGGAGUUGCCCUUUAAAUGAGUAAGCCCUAAUAGCAGCCUUACCAGAGAAACCAAACAAAACUGCAUGACAGACAUGUUUAGAACCGUAACCAAGAUAUAUGCAGAUAUAACGCUGUAACAUAUCAUCUAACAUUAAAUACCAAUAUGCCUUUAAGCAACUGGUAACAGCCGUCCAAUUAAUCAUUCACACUCUCAUCGAUGCUUCCAACUUUUUCUGUCACCCUGUGAGCCUCCCUGUAUGAAGCUGCGAUCUUAGCUAAUACUGGUGCUCUACUGCCUGCAGCCUUACAUGUGUAGAGAGCAGAAGAAACCCUGUGAUAAACACUAUGUGGAUCCCAUAUGGUGCUGGUUAAAUGGAGUCUGGACUCAAAAAUGUGUGAGCAUGGCGGAGAUGGCAACAGCAUUUGCUGUUAACCAAUGCUCUAACGGUGUUUGCACUUCUUUUAUUUUAUUACUUUGUAUUUUUGGGUGGUUUCCAGAAACUGAGCACAAUGAAUUGAUGUCGUCUGGCAGAAUGAAUGUUUCUACUUUAUUAACUGUGACAUGCUAAUGGAUGAAAUGCUUAUGUAAUAUGUGGAACUUUGCCAUAAACCUAAUGCAACAAGCCUUAGAUGACCCAUAUGAAAAAACAACCACUCGUGCCCUCAUUCGGCUCGCGCCAGAGUACGUAACAACUGAAGUUUACCAGUAAGCCUGUACUGUUACAUAACUUACUCGUCUAUAUUUGUCAUUUGAUGAAUAUUGUUUUUGAUAAUCAGUUAUUACUAAUAAACCACUACUGCUUGUGUA